AUGAAUGCCAAUCCGAUGGCGGCCGCCCCUGUGCCGGCAGGCACCUUUAUGGCCGGCACCAAGGUGCAGGUUGGAAGCCAUCGAGUUGUGGUAGAGAAAUACCUUUCCGAAGGAGGAUUCGCCCAUGUCUACGUCGUUCGACUCCCAAAGCCUGUUGAUGGCGUCGAAACUGCUGUCUUGAAGCGGGUCGCUGUUCCGGACAAGGCAUCCCUCGCCAACAUGAGAACGGAGGUGGAAACGAUGAAGAGGCUGAAGGGACACAAACAUAUCGUUACAUAUAUUGAUUCUCAUGCGUCACAACUCAAAGGCGGCGGAUAUGAGGUCUUCCUGCUCAUGGAGCAUUGCGCUGGUGGCGGCCUGAUAGACUUCAUGAAUACCAGGCUACAGAAUCGAUUGACUGAACCAGAGAUCUUGAAGAUAUUUGGCGACGUCACCGAAGGUGUGGCCUGUAUGCAUUAUCUCAAGCCACCACUCCUGCAUAGGGACCUCAAGGUUGAAAACAUCCUGAUCUCCGGGAACGGCCCUUCACGCUGCUACAAGCUGUGUGAUUUUGGUUCUGCAGCUCCUCCUAGACCUGCAGCUACUUCCGCCGCCGAAGGUAGACUGAUCGAAGAUGAUGUCCAGAGGCACACAACCCUACAGUAUCGAAGUCCGGAAAUGAUAGAUGUCUAUAGAAAACAGCCGAUCGAUGAGAAAAGCGAUAUCUGGGCCCUUGGCGUUCUGUUGUACAAGCUAUGCUACUAUACCACCCCUUUUGAUGAGGGCGGCCAGAUGGCUAUUUUGAACGCAAAGUUCAAGUAUCCCGCCUACCCACCCUUCUCAGAUAGACUGAAACUUUUGAUUGGUAUGUUUGCUCUGUCACUUUUGAUGUCAAGGUCCCUUUUCAAGCUAACAUUAAAUUCUUUCGAUUCAGCCACUAUGCUUAAAGAACACCCCAAAGACAGGCCCAAUAUUUAUCAGGUUUUACGUGAAACAUGUCAUAUGCGAGGAAAAGAAGUGCCAAUUCGAGACCUACCGACUUCCACUCCAGUGGAACCACCAAAAGUUGGUGCCACCUUCACGCCGCCCAUUCAGGAAACAAAGAUUAUUCCAGACAUUGCGCCGAUGCGGAGAGGAAGACCAGUCAAGCCUACCGACCAAAAGACUGCAUCGAAACCCAGUCCUUCUCCUCUUAGGGUUUCCGGUGACCCAUUUGCGGCACUUGAUGGAACUAAACGGAACGUCAGUACGGAUGAACUCUCUUCACGAUUCCCAACUCUAGAUCAGUUCUCCCUCCUUCAUGAAAAGGGUGGCACUUUCAACUUUGAAUCGACCAAUACAGAAUCGACUGCCAACCCUGAUGAUUUAUCUAAAAGAGUCACGAAUGCUCUUGCCGAUGAAGCAUUCUCGAAGCCUGCAGUAUCUCCACAGCCAAGUCCUACUCUUGGAAUGCACCAUACUACUACCCGGAUAGACCCGUUAGCAUCAGAUAAAAAGCUGGUCUCGUCACCAUAUCUGAGGGCGGAACCCUCUCGUCAACAAGUCCCUAUACAGCAGCCAACACCACAGAAACCAACUAUGGUAUCCACUGGCACGAUGACAUCCCCCUCACCAGUAAACCAGCGAUCAGAGAGUCCCUCCUUAUCCCAAAGACCGUUGCAUAGAUUCCCGAGCCAAUCACACAAGAAACAAGCGUCCGGAAGUUCUCGUGAGAGUAGCGGUCACGAUCAUCCCCGUGUGCACAGCGGCAGCUUAUCGACUCGGCCCAGUUUUGCCAGAUUUGACUCUAAACCUAUUCAAGCGGAGGACCUUCCUAGAUCGCCGGCAUCUUCACGGCCAUCUUUGGAAGGUACCCGGCCAACGGCUUCUGAUAUUGCAGACCCGCUAACCCGUUCGAAAUCCGCAAACUCGAAAUCUAGGCCUACUGCUGCAUAUGUCGCAUCGAGAUUAGAGUAUCUUAGGGAUAGAGGUCGCGAACGCUCGUCAGACGAGGAUGAAACGUUGCUACGCCCAUCCGUUGGUGAACAUGAUCUCGAAUACAGCCAGCCAUCCAACAUGUCGGACGUUGAUUUCCUUAAAGCUAAGGAAGAGGAAGAGUUGAGCCGGAAGCGCGAGAAGCGCCUAAGUGGUGGAUCCAAACAUGCCAAACGCGGUAGUUUAUCCUCACUUUCUUUAUCAGGCACCAAGACCCUCCUCGCAGGCCGCUUCGGAGACGCUUUCCGCCGCUUUGAAAACAACGCUCCUCAUGAUAGGAAUCAAACCCCAUCUCCUGAAAAUGACACACAGCACCUUACUCCCAUCACUGGCUCCGAGGUAACGGAGCUGAGCGACGAUGGUCGUGGAUAUGACAAUGUUGACGCAGACGAUAUAUCACCUGAAAUGAAACGAGAAAUGGAAAGACGUCGAUUAUCCAUGGAGGAAAGAAGGGUUGCUGAGGCUGCUGCCCAGUAUCGCUCGCAGUUGAAUGAACGAGAAGGAGGCCCCUCGCGCGCUGUGGGACUAGGUAUAGGAAGUGGCAGUAGAGCUGCUGCCAUUGAAAACAAGGUCCAGUCUUUAUUGAAGGAGACGGAAAAGGCACCACCUGUCAAGACAGCAUCAGGAUAUGGACGAUACACAGACGCAAUACCUAAUCCACAAGCCAAAAGAUUCGAGUCCCCAUUACCAGAACGGCCAGCGUCAUCUACUAUGCAAUCAUAUACAUCCGCCCCUGCGACUUCUCAUACACCUGAUUUCCGGUCCCAACCUUCAAAAGAUAAAGAUCCCCCCUCUAUCGGCCUUAAAUAUAACACCGGGCAGCACCAGACCUCAUCAACUACCUCCCGUGCUGCCCAGCGCCCAGUAGCACCCCCGAAGCCCAAGAGUUUACGAACCGGAAUUCAAUCAGCCAACCAAACUGGCAAUAGCGAAUAUAACUCCUCACAACACCCCCGAUCGACCAGACAAGUCUCCAACUCUUCGGAAGACUGGGAACUAAAUUUUAGCCGCCGCUACCCCAGUCUCUCUGGGCUCGAACUUGUAGAGACAGAGAUAGACAUACCAAAAGCUUCGUUGGGCCGUACCACAGCCACCACGGCGAGUAAGGGACUCUGA